AAAGCGCAGCAUAAAUCGGGCUUCUUUUUGUAUUUAUUUUAUUAAAUUAACAGCGCCAGCAGAGCAGGAGAACCAACCGCAAGCAAUUCCUCACCUUGUCUCACCCAACACUCAAAUAUCCCCAAGGAGACCAGUUUCCUUUCCGUUUCUGGUCCCUAGCUCCGCCUCCAUCCUCGACAAAACCUUAUCGCCGGGAAAUUUCGGCAAAGUUAUCAUGGAUAUGAGAGUUGGGCUCUUAUUUCUUCUUGUGUUGGGUGCUGGCUGGGCUUGUGCUGCUAGACAAAUGGCAGACACCGAGCUUUCUUAUGAAAGCAAAGUGAUCUCUGAUAUACCAGCUACACAAGCGAAAGAUCAGGAGCAAGGAAGGGAAGAUCAAGCUUCAGAUGGAGUUUCCAGGAAUAAACAGUUAUGCACAUUAUGUGAGGAAUUUACUUCCCAAGCACUUGAUUACCUAACUGAAAACAAGACCCAGACAGAAGUUAUUGACAUCCUUCAUGAAGCCUGCUCUCGAGUGCCUUCAUUCAAGCAACAGUGCAACACUUUGGUGGACUACUAUGCUCCUCUCUUCUUUCUAGAAGUUUCCUCAGUACAGCCUGAACAAUUCUGUCAAAAAGUGAAUCUUUGUCAGGAAGUGGUGUUUAUUUCCUCUGAACUCCAACAAGAUAAAUGUGGAAUUUGCCAUCGUGCUGUUUCAGAAGUAUUACUCAAGUUGAAAAAUCCUGACACACAGCUCGAGAUAAUUGAGAUACUUCUGAAGGGAUGCAAUGCUAUGGAGAACUAUGCUGCAAAGUGCAAGAAAUUGGUUUUCGAGUAUGGCCCUGUUAUCCUUAUCAAUGCGGAACAGUUUCUGGAAAACACAGACGUAUGUACUGCGGUACAUGCCUGUGAUUCUGCUGACGGGCAAGCAGCAACGGUGUUAAAGGCCGAUUCUUAAUCAAGUGGAAUGAAAAUGAGUAUAGUUGCUACUUUUCUCGUGUAAUGAUUUGGUUGCAGGUGUUUGUAUGAUGGGAUUCCUAUACCAUAUUUGUGCUUGUAUUGUAAUUAUGAUGUCAACUGUAAUUUCCAUAAUUGUUUUGAAAUUUAUUUGAUCUUAUAAGUUGAUCAAAGAUGUCGAAGCUUAAUUACCUUA